AUGCAGAAUGAGAAAGAAGCCAAGAUGUCAAGUGACAAAAAAAAAGCAUUCAUUAUCAUCAUCCUUUCUUCAAUAGUUCCAUUUCUUGUCGUUGGCGCUGCCCUUCUUGUGGGAGCAGUGCUAAUUGUACUAGCAGUACGAACCACUGUAAUCACGUGGAUUACAGUGCUCGUACUGCUAGUAUUUGCGGGAAAACGCCGCAGGGGUGUAGUGAAGGAUGGCAAGAAGAUCACAUCAGAGGUGGCAAUGUAUGCUGCUAACAUUGUGUUUAAGGAGAGGGGAUUAUUUGCUUUCGCUGGUACUGCUAUCGUUCUAGGCUUCACUUCUAUGGCAUUAUAUUGUUAA